CGUGGAGGGAGCGAGCGCUCCCCGGCCGGCACAGCGGGUUCGGCUGCGCGGCGGGCUGAGGCGGCCGCGGGCCAGAUCGCAGGAAGCGAGCGCUGGUGACGGACGUGGUGGAGGGCGCUCCUGCACAGCUCCUGGACGUUGGCCCAGGCUGAUGGCAGAUGAUGUCAGCCACCAACAACACAGCGCAGGCCCGCAAGCUGGUGGAGCAGCUCCGCAUCGAAGCCGGGAUCGAGCGCAUCAAGGUCUCCAAAGCGUCCUCGGAGCUCAUGAGCUACUGUGAGCAGCACGCCAGGUCCGACCCCCUGCUGGUGGGCGUGCCGGCCUCCGAGAACCCCUUCAAGGACAAGAAGCCCUGCACCAUCCUGUAGCGCCCGCACCACCACCGCGCUCAGCCCAGACCCGAGCCUGAGAAGCRCAGGGCUGGCGGCCCCUCCAGGCCACACUGGACGCACAGCCCUGCCUGUCGCCAACACACGCGGGCCUGAGUCCGCGGCCAGCGGUGGUCCAGGACCCUCAGUGUCACGGGCUCAGUGGGGAGGCGGACAGGGCAGUUCCCUCCAAGUGGGGCGUCUGCAGAGAGUCCACGCUGGGCUGCCGGGAUGCGCCUCGUGUGACGAGCAGAGGUCAAGUUGGGGUGGAACGAGGCUGACAUCAUGAGAUUUGGGGGCGAUAUUCCUCCCUUCCAUUUGAAACAGUGUCACUCCCCACUCUGAAACCCGCUGCUCAUGGCUGACCCAAGCUGAGCUGUGGGAGGAUGCACAGGUGGACUUCCAGGGCGGGGAGGGGCUCCUCUGUGAAACGCACCCUGUGAUGCCAAAUGUCACUCCCUGUGUGGCAUUUGCUACUCGGCCCCACCCUGUCCCUGGGGGCCCACCCGGCACAGACGGGCUUUGGGGAUCUGAGGUGGGGAGUGGUCGUGGGGCGCUGUGCUGCUCGGUGGCGCUCCCUGGACCGUCCUCACUUCCCCAGUCAAUGUGGCCAUUUUUCAGACAGAAGUGCAGGCUGGGGGUCUGGGCCUGGUGGGUGCAGCCCCUCGCACGGUGCCCGGGAAGCACCGUCCAGUGACCUCGGAGGCCAGGCCUGUGGCCCCGGGGCGGGCAGCAGCAG